UCCAACCGGUUGCAUAUGUGUGUGUGUGUGUGUGUCGUUGCCUUCUCUGUCCUCAUGAUGACUUCUGACUCUGAUGGAGCUCUUCUCCCAGGGAUCAUCGCUGCAGUGUGGGACGAUGAAGCGCUACACCGCCACCAGGCAGCUGGGCGACGGGACCUUUGGCAGCGUGCUCCUGGGCAAGAGCCUCGACUCUGGGGAGCUGGUGGCCAUUAAGAGAAUGAAAAGAAAAUUCUAUUCUUGGGAUGAGUGUGUGAAUCUCAGAGAGGUUAAGUCGCUGCAGAAGCUGAAACAUUCCAACGUGGUCAAAUUAAAAGAAAUCAUUCGAGAAAAUGACUGUCUGUACUUUGUCUUUGAAUAUAUGAAAGAAAACCUUCUUCAGCUCAUUAAAGCCAGGAACAAGUUGUUUCCAGAGUCAGUUGUCAGGAACAUGACAUUUCAGAUCUUACAAGGGCUGUCUUACAUUCACAAAAACGGCUAUUUCCACCGUGACCUUAAACCAGAGAACCUGCUGUGUACAGGAACAGAGAUGGUUAAAAUAGCAGAUUUUGGCCUUGCCCGGGAGCUCCGAUCCCUACAGCCGUACACAGAAUACGUCUCUACAAGAUGGUACCGCGCCCCGGAGGUCCUGCUGAGGUCCCCCUCCUACAGCUCCCCCAUCGACCUGUGGGCCGUGGGCUGCAUCGUGGCUGAGCUCUAUACCCUCAGGCCCCUGUUCCCCGGCACCAGCGAGGUGGACGAGGUCUUCAAGAUCUGCCAGGUGCUGGGGACGUUGAAGAAGGUUGGUGAGGACGAUGAGACGCUGGUGUACGCAACCAACGUCCAUUAUACGCACAUCUCACACGAAAAAUAAUUGAUAAUAGCAAUUUGCUAUAGCAAACCGCUGAUAUCUAGUUAGGUAAAAGGUAAAAAGAGUUAAAGAAAUACUUGUGAAGUUGUUAAUCAUAGAUUUAAUAUAAUAUACAGAGCUUUGCCACUUCCACUUUGCCAGAGAAAGUCAUUCUGC